GAUCUGCUGUUCAGUCAGCAGCAGGCCACAAGCUGCACAGAGAGUCUUUAUUACGCACGAUGCCUUCUCCGAUCCCCGUGACCCGCCUGCUGCCCCAAAAUAUCUAUCCCUCUCUGGACUUCGGGACCUGCAGCAGUCCGCUAACCAAACCCUCCCACGGCUCCAGCUUACAAGUCCCCGUCCAGCGGCUCCACGGCAGAGUCGCUAGCCGGCUCUGGUCCUCUGUGAUCCACUUUAAGGAGCUGCGCUCCGUCCUGCCCGUGGGCUCCGGAGGAUUCGGCUCAGUCUACAAGGCGGACUACCUCGGGGAGACCGUCGCGCUGAAGAAAGUCAAGAAGUGCACCAAGAACAAGCUGGCAUCCCGGCAGAGCUUCUGGGCCGAGCUGAACGCGGCACACCUGCGCCACAGAAACAUCGUGCGCGUCAUCGCAGCGACCACCUGCGUGCCAGCGGACUUCGGAGAUGAAAGCAGCAUCGGAAUUAUACUGAUGGAGUUUGUGGGGAGCAGGAAUCUGCAGCAGAUCAUUUACGGAUGUCCUGAGACGCUGGAGAACAGGUGGCUCAGGUACUCAACAGACAUUGCACAUGGCUUACAGUUCCUUCACUCCCACACCGUUGUGCAUCUAGACAUAAAACCAGCCAACGUGUUGGUGUCGAGUGAAGAUGUCUGCAAAAUUGCCGAUUUUGGCUGUUCUUUGAAACUGGACCGUGGUUGUGAAGUGAGCGCCAUCGGCCCCCAUCUGAGCCACGUAGGCGGUACUUACACGCACAGAGCCCCGGAGCUGCUGAAAGGCGAGGGGGUGUCUCCUAAAGCAGACAUCUUCUCUUUCGGGAUCACCUUGUGGCAGCUGAUCACCAGAGAGCAGCCCUACACCGGCGACAGGCAGCACGUGCUUUACGCGGUUGUGGCGCACAACCUGCGGCCGUCUGUUCAGAACCAAGCAGUGUUUCAGUCAGAGCAGGGGCGGCUGUGUAGGACUCUGUUGAGCCGGUGCUGGAGCGGUGAGAGCAGCUGCAGACCGAGUGCUCAGGAGCUGCUGCCUCAGCUGGAGCAGCUGCGCUCCCAGAUAUGAGUUUAUUUUAGAGCUGGUGCACAGAGAGGCCCACUGACGACUGUGGGUUUCAGAAAAUGGACAAUAUAGGAGCAUUGUAGCAGGUCCUCUCCUGCAGGGUCAGCUUUGAAGCAAUGGGCUACUCACUUGUUUUCUGGGCAGUGUGGAGAAAGCCUCUUCAAAAUACCCUGGAACUGAUUUAGCACAAUGUCACUACUCUUCUACAAGUAACAUUUCAAAUUUAUUAAAAUUUUAUUCCAAUUUGUAGUUGUUUUUGUUUUUUUAAGUAUUACUUGCAUGAAACCAAGUGAGACUCAUCAGUCUACCAACAUGCUGGUGUAUUUGCACUUUUUUGCAAUGCUAAUUUGUUAUUAUUGACUUGAAAUAAGGCUCAUUAUUCCUGUAGAAAUCAAACUUUGGCUCGAAGAAUUUUAAACCAAGUUGGUUUUGUGUUAUUUCAGCCUAUUGGCAGAAGUCCUGUAUUUGUUGAGAGAAAAUUUUUAAAAUCUGUUUGUGUAGUCCUGUACUGUUAAGAUGUCAUUCAUGUCUCAUUUGCCAACACAAAACACACUUUAAGUUACUGUUCUAUCUUGUUAUAUAUAUUUUCUUAAACUAAGAAAUGUGUGUUGUGAAUUGAGUGUUAUAUGCCAUCUUGAGAUUGUGAUUGGAGAUUUAAGUGUGAUGGGUUUUCAUUAAAAUUAUUUUUAUACUGUA